AUGACCCUGAAGAAGUACUUCGUGAAGGCUCUCCAUCGCCUCCAGAAGGGCCCUGGAUACACCUACCAGGAGCUGCUGGUCUGGUACUGCGACAACACCAACACCCAUGGGCCCAAGCGCAUCAUUUGUGAGGGCCCGAAGAAGAAGCUGAUCUGGUUCUUCCUGACUCUGCUGUUCGCUUCACUGGUGUUCUGGCAGUGGGGCAUCCUCAUCAAAACCUAUCUGUCCUACAACGUUACAGCUUCUCUGGCCAUUGGCUUCAAGACCAUGACCUUCCCCGCUGUUACCAUCUGCAAUGCAAGUCCUUUCCGGUAUUCUAAGGUGAAGCCCUUCCUGAAGGAUUUGGAUGAGCUCAUUGAGGCAGCCCUUGAAAGGAUCCUGCAGCCUCUUCAGGAAAAUGCAUCAGCCACCCCUGCAGCAAAUCUAAGCGAGAAGCUCAACUUGCAGCUCUGGAACCAGAUGCCCCUGGUCUUGAUUGAUGAGAGUGACGCAGCUCAUCCAGUCAUCCAUGACAUCCUUGGGAACGGCUCUCUUGCUCUUGGAGGGCACCACAACUACUCCUCUUUUGGCAACCCGGAAGCCAGGAGGUACAAGCUGGCUCUGAAACUGUGCACACACCUCACCCCCCACUGCUUCUACCGGAAGUUCACCAGCGCAGCCCAGGCGAUGGCCGAGUGGUACGUCCUGCAGUCUACCAGCAUCCUGUCCAAAGUGCCAUUGAGCAAAAGGAUCGAGAUGGGCUACCAGGCAGAGGACAUGAUCUUGGCCUGUCUGUAUGGAGCUGAGCCUUGCAACCACAGAAACUUUACCCACCUCUACCACCCGGAUCACGGCAACUGCUACGUCUUCAACUGGGGGGUGGAGAAGCAGCCCCUCGUCUCCUCCAAUCCGGGGGCAGAGUUUGGGCUGAAGCUGAUCCUGGAUAUCAGCCAGAAGGACUACAUCCCCUUCCUCACUACCACGGCUGGCGCCCGGCUGAUGCUGCACGAGCAGCGCAGCUUCCCUUUCCUGAAGGACCAGGGCAUCUACGCCAUGUCAGGGACCGAGACCUCCAUCGGCGUCCUGGUGGAUGAACUGGAGCGGAUGGGCUCUCCCUACAGUGACUGCACCGUCAACGGAUCCGACGUUCCCGUGAGGAACCUCUACGAGGACUACACUGCUUCCCAGUACAAAACUAUGUACUCCAUCCAGGCCUGCCUGCGCUCCUGCUUCCAAGCCAAGAUGAUGAAAAUCUGCCAGUGUGCCCACUAUUCCUACCCACUGCCCAAAGGAGCCCAUUACUGCAACAACGAGGAUUAUCCCGACUGGGCCUACUGCUACUCCAUCCUGCGCAUGAGCCAGGAGCAUCGGCAGAUGUGCAUCCAAUCUUGCAAGGAGACCUGCAACAACACCCAGUACAAGAUGACCAUCUCCAUGGCAGACUGGCCCUCCGAAGCCUCAGAGGACUGGAUUUUCCAUAUUUUAUCUUACGAAAGAGACACGUCAACCAAAGUCACUCUGGACAGGAAUGGAAUCAUCAAGCUCAGCAUCUACUUCCAGGAGUACAACUACCGCACCAUCUCAGAGUCUGCAGCAACAACGAUUGUCUGGCUCCUCUCCAGCCUGGGUGGGCAGUUCGGCUUCUGGAUGGGUGGCUCCGUCUUGUGCCUCAUCGAGUUCGGGGAGAUCCUGAUUGACUUCGUCUGGAUCAGCGUCCUGAAACUGAUCUCCUGGGGCAAGGGGCUGAAAUGGAAGCCGGCCCCCAGGCCCCCAGAUGCCCUCCCGUCCGUCUGCCAGAAAGUGGAGGCCUACACCAACCUGGGCUUCUGCGGGGAGGAGGAGAAGGAGGCAGCAGCGGCUGAGGACCCGGGAGAUGGGCCCCCAGAUGCUCCAGGGGCUGGCUCUGAGCCGGGCACUCCACCCCCCAAGUAUGAUUCGCUCCGUGUGCUCCCUUUGGAUCUGCUGGAGCCAGAGAGCGACGAGGAAGACGCUCCUGGAGUGGACACGAAGAGCAAGUGAGGCCAGGAAGGCAAGUUCCUCCCUGCUCCCCCAAGCACCUGCAGGGCAUCCUUCCCCUCCCUCUUGGGCAGCACAGCCAUCCUCUCAACAUCACAGAAACUUGGGGUGCAGCUGGAUUGCCCUCAUCAGAUGCUCAAUGCAUUUCUUUCUGGGCAUAAAUCUGGCAGGUCAAGAGGUUGGUGUAAACACUCUGAAGGAGGGGGGGGGCUUGCAGCCAAUCAUGGGAAGUGCUUGAUAGUGGUGGUAGAUCUUAACAUGGACAGGGCGCCUGGGGAGGGGCGAGCAGCCGGGGCAAGGCCUUCUAUAAGAACAGAGCCCUCCUUGGCCCUGCCUGAGCCGGCUCUGCUGCUGCUGAUGAUUCAGGGCAGAGGUGCCUGGCAGGCGGGCAGCUCCCCGGAGGGGCCAACGUCCCAUCAGGAUCUUCAUUGGAGCUGAUCAAAAGGCUGAUCUGUACCAAGAAGAAAAUAAGUUUAAGAUGAAAAAUAUGGAAAGGGAAUAAAUAAUACGGCUAAAACUGGAAACAGAGAUAGGAUGUAAAA